AUAAAAAUAUUAGAAUUUUGGCAUAUUUUUUUACUGCAGUUUUUAACUUUUUAGUGUUAAACUUUCCGUUUAAAUUAUUAUAAUUUUUUAAGAGUUUUUUUUCAGAGGAUUUUUCACAUGUAAGAGGCAAAAAUUAGCUUUCUACACCACUUCCAAAAUUUAAAAAAAUUAAAUAAGUAAAAUAUUGUAGCGAAAAACAGGAGAAAAAUGGCAAAAAAAAAAAGAGUAUAAAACAUCAACGGACGAAACAUCUUAUAUAUAUAAAACUAUACGUAAUUAACAAAAAUCAAAUCAGUCUUUUAAUUUCCUGCAAAAUAACGGUCGCCUAGCAACUAACAAUAAUCAGUCUCUUAGCAACGGUCGCUAAGCAACAGUCAAAAACAAGAUGGAGUCGGCAAAGACGACACCGCCUAACUACUACAUCAACAAAGUAGAUUAUUCUUCACUUUUUAAACGCAAACGUAUGGUCAACUGGUCUCAUCACGAGACCGUUACGCUAAUAAGUCUAUGGAAGGAGCAUCUUUACGAUCUGAGGAGCUCCAAGAGGAAUGGACACGUUUAUCUCAGCAUCGGCAAGAAGUUGAUAGAACACGGGAUUGACAGAUCGGUCAACGAAAUCAGAACCAAAGUCAUGAACUUGACAGCCGAGUACAGAAGAGAAAAGGCAAAAACUUUGCGGGAAGGAUGCACGUCGAAUUGGAAAUAUUAUUAUCAUGUUAACGAUGUUAUUGGUCACAUUCCAGUACCUGAUAAUUUUAGACCAAAUGAGAGUAUACCAUUAUCUCAUUAUUCUACACCCUCAAAUGAUUCUGAUAAAACACAAAGCCCCAUUACAGUGAAAAGAUCACUCAGUUGUGAUGAUUUACAAAUAACUAGUUCUUCCCAAGAUAAUUUUGCAGUCUCUGUGGAUAAUGAUAAUUCCUUUGAGACCGAAACGUCGAGAUUAAUAAACAAUAGCAACUCGUCUAUGCAUAUACUGCCAGUGAAAUCUUCGAUGAGCAAUAGCAUAUCAGUAAUACCGAUUUCCGAACCGCCACCACUGUAUCAACAGUCGAAACAAACUAAUGGUAAUAAUAAACAAGGAAUAUAUGCAGAUAACCAAACAAAACGAUCAAAUAAUAUGAUGCAAUCACACGUUUCUCAAGUUAAUUCUUAUUCUUCUGUACAGUCGACCAAUUAUACAAAUCAAAAACGCAUCGUUCGGCCAUCAAGUAUGAAUCAGUUGGAGGUUUCCAUUCAAGAGAAACAGACAUAUUCGAAUUCGGGUAGAAUAUUAAAUGAAACUCUACAGCCAAUUAUAACAAUAUCAGAAAUUUCGCACAAUCGCCAAUCAAGUAUUGAAAAAAAUACUUCCACUUCAUCUCCAUCUCUUUCAUGUGAAACAUCAUCUCAACAAGCAUACAGACAAUUUCUAGAAGACAGUAAUCGACCUGUAGAAAGUAUUAAUCAGUAUACCUUACAGGAUAAUAACCAAAUUCCUCCAAUGAAAAAACAUAAGAGGAAUUCAGAAAGAACAUGUACAAAGUAUCUCAGGGAAAUGUUGAUCGAACAGAAACGUUGCAAUCGUAUUGCCGAACAGGCCGAAAAUCAGGCGCUGCAACUGAUGAAAGAGCAGAUCUCUUUGCAAAAACAAAGUUUGACUGUACAGUGUAGAAUGAUGAACUUAUUAGAAUGUUUGAUGAUGCAAUCAAAUUCUUCUACAGGAGGAAGAGACGAACAUUUUACUCUUUCCAAUUCCAUGUGAUAUGGACAGUGAUAUUUUUAUGAUGUGUAAAAAUGUGUUGUAUAUAGCGUGUAUAUAUUCGAACUGAAAAGAUCACACAUUACAGAAUAGCAUUUACAUUUGUACGUAUUUUUUCGUAAAAGAUGAAAGUACGCACAAAGUUUUUUAAUUCUUGUUGCUUCUUAGUUACAAAUCUCAGAUAUAAUAUAAAAUACUUGUAUUAUGUUGUUUUCUUUUAAUGAAUUGUGUUUUUAAUGUAUAAAAAUUCUUUUUAGUGAUUUUAUAAUAUAU